AUGGACUUAGAAGCCCAGUCAGAGCAUGUGUUUGAUGACCUCAGUGGCUCGGUGUCCUUGUCCUGGGUUGGAGACAGCACUGGGGUUAUUCUUGUCCUGACUACUUUCCAAGUACCACUGGUAAUUGUAAGUUUUGGACAGUCGAAGUUAUAUCGAAGUGAGGAUUAUGGAAAGAACUUUAAGGAUAUUACAAAUCUCAUCAAUAACACCUUCAUUCGGACUGAAUUUGGCAUGGCUAUUGGUCCUGAGAACUCUGGAAAGGUGAUAUUAACAGCGGAGGUGUCUGGAGGAAGCCGUGGAGGAAGAGUGUUCAGGUCAUCAGACUUUGCAAGGAACUUUGUACAGACAGAUCUUCCUUUCCACCCUCUGACGCAAAUGCUGUAUAGUCCUCAGAAUUCUGAUUACCUUUUAGCCCUCAGCACAGAAAAUGGCCUGUGGUUGUCCAAGAAUUUUGGGGGAAAAUGGGAAGAAAUCCACAAAGCAGUGUGCUUGGCCAAAUGGGGAUCAGAAAACAUCAUCUAUUUUACCACCUAUGCGAAUGGCUCCUGCAAAGCUGACCUUGGAGCCCUGGAAUUACGGAGAACUUCAGACUUAGGAAAAACCUUCAAAACCAUUGGCAUGAAAAUCUAUUCAUUUGGUCUUGGAGGACGUUUCCUUUUUGCCUCUGUGAUGGCUGAUAAAGACACAACAAGAAGGAUCCAUGUGUCAACAGAUCAAGGGGACACAUGGAGUAUGGCCCAGCUCCCGUCCGUGGGCCAGGAGCAAUUUUAUUCUAUUCUGGCAGCCAAUGACGACAUGGUAUUCAUGCAUGUGGAUGAACCUGGAGAUACCGGAUUUGGCACAAUCUUUACCUCUGAUGAUCGAGGCAUUGUCUACUCCAAGUCUCUGGACAGGCAUCUCUACACUACCACAGGUGGAGAGACUGACUUUACCAACGUGACCUCUCUCCGGGGAGUCUACAUAACAAGCAUGCUCUCUGAAGAUAAUUCUAUUCAGAGCAUGAUCACUUUUGACCAGGGAGGAAAGUGGGAACACCUGCGGAAGCCAGAGAACAGCAAGUGUGAUGCCACUGCGAAGAACAAGAAUGAGUGUAGCCUUCAUAUUCAUGCUUCUUACAGCAUCUCCCAGAAGCUGAAUGUUCCGAUGGCCCCACUUUCAGAGCCUAAUGCUGUGGGCAUAGUCAUCGCUCAUGGUAGCGUGGGGGAUGCCAUAUCAGUGAUGGUCCCAGACGUGUACAUCUCCGAUGAUGGAGGUUACUCCUGGGCAAAGAUGCUGGAAGGACCCCACUAUUACACCAUUCUGGAUUCCGGAGGCAUCAUCGUGGCCAUUGAGCACAGCAACCGUCCUAUCAAUGUGAUUAAGUUCUCCACAGAUGAAGGUCAAUGCUGGCAAACCUACAUGUUCACACAAGAACCCAUCUACUUCACUGGCCUCGCUUCAGAGCCUGGAGCCAGGUCCAUGAACAUCAGCAUUUGGGGAUUCACAGAAUCUUUCAUAACCCGCCAGUGGAUUUCCUACACAAUUGAUUUUAAAGAUAUCCUUGAAAGGAACUGUGAUGAGAAGGACUAUGCCAUAUGGCUGGCGCACUCCACAGACCCUGGAGAUUACGAAGAUGGCUGCAUUUUGGGCUAUAAAGAACAGUUCCUACGGCUACGCAAGUCAUCUGUCUGUCAGAAUGGUCGAGACUAUGUUGUGACCAAGCAGCCAUCCGUCUGUUCCUGUUCCCUGGAGGACUUCCUCUGUGAUUUUGGCUACUUCCGUCCAGAAAAUGCCUCAGAGUGUGUGGAACAGCCAGAACUGAAGGGGCACGACCUAGAGUUUUGUCUGUAUGGAAGAGAAGAACACCUGACAACCACCGGGUACCGGAAAAUUCCUGGAGACAGAUGCGAAGGUGGAAUGAACCCAGCUCGGGAAGUGAAGGAUUUGAAAAAGAAAUGCACAAGCAAUUUCUUGAAUCCCAUUAAGCAGGACUCCCGCCCACAGGGACACAGCUUGUCCCAGAAUCCAGCUCCGCCUCCUCUUGGAUACACUGAAAACACACACUUCCCAUCUCCCACCCAGACGCAGAAUUCCAAGUCGAGUUCUGUUCCCAUUAUCCUGGCUAUCGUGGGAUUGAUGCUGGUCACAGUUGUGGCAGGAGUGCUCAUUGUGAAGAAAUAUGUCUGUGGUGGAAGGUUCCUGGUGCACCGAUACUCUGUGCUGCAGCAGCAUGCAGAGGCCGAUGGAGUGGAUGCUUUGGACACGGCCUCCCAUGCUAAAAGCGGUUAUCAUGAUGAUUCAGAUGAGGACCUCCUGGAAUAGCUCACCAGGAGCUGGGACAGAGCGCUGAAGGUUGAGCCACAGUACCUCCUAAAUUCCUGCGGGCUCCGACUUGGGGAAAUAAAUUUCCCAUUGUGACAGACCCAGCUCUAUUUCUGCUGCUCCCACGCAAGGCGAAAGGACCCAUAGUAAAGAAAUGCAGGGUGGAGGUGGGGAGCCGGAACACUCUUACAGUUGUCUCUCAGAAGAGGGGGUGCAGUUUUUAAAUUCUUUAAUUUUUUAUUUCAGGUUCUGUCUUUUGUUAAAGUAUGGGCUUUGGUGUUUUGUUGUUUGUGUUUUAAGGGAAAUGGAAUGGGAUUCAAAGGGAUUGUUUCACUAACCCCACUGUUAGUGUUCUGCACGGUGCCCACCCCAGGGCAUCUUGCCAACUCCAGCAUCAACUCUCACAUAUUUGGUGCUGUCCCUGGGCUCAGCUGGCCAUGGGACGCAUCCAGACAGGAAAACAAAGGAUGCGGUGACUGGCACUGCCUGGCCAGCUUUUCUCCAUCUGUGGACAGCCCUGCCUGAAGGACACUGCGCACCAGCUCCUCGCACAGAUCCUAGCUGCAUCUUCCCCACCCCCCAACCCCAACCAGGACUAUAGGCCCCAGUGAUUUUUCUUUUCCCUUGUUUAAUUAGGCAAUACCCUUGUUAAUGGCUCUUUGGCAACAAACUUCACCAUGUGCUUCCAAGACACUAAAUCAGGAAAACUUAACAGGGCAAUAUUUUUAACUUGGGGCAGGAAGAAGGGAGCAGCAGAGAAUUGACUAGAUUUAACACCUAUUAAGGGCGAAACUCUGGCCGCUUUUGAGCACUUUCAAGCUGUGCUUUGUGUGUGUGCCAGUGGACUUGCUCAAGGACAGGGUGCAGGCUUGGCCUGGAAGCCUGCCCAGGCUCCCCCAUCCCUUCACUGGAGUUCAUUGUUGAGGGUAUGCAAUGCAGCCCCAGGACUUACUGCUGCUGUCUUCCAUUAUCCCUGUUGCCCAUUUUGAAGGCCUCGCUGUUGAACUAUCACCAUGGCUGCUGAUUCACUUCCUCCUAGACCGCUAUUCAUAGAACCAGGGAUAGGGAUGUCUUCAGAUUUAUAUUCUUUAUAAAAAAAUCAAAAUUAUAUUACCAGACUAUCCUCAUCCUUUCCCUAGUUUUGCCAAGGUGUUUGUUGGCUUGAAACUUUUGACUGAACCAACCGAAGACCCACCUCAACUGUAUGUAAGGCCUUGGUUUCAUGGUUUAAAUAUAAGGAAGUUUUCCAUUUGACAUUUUUCUAAAUUAAAUUAUAGCAUAGAGCUGGUAGAUUUGGGGGUGGCCAUCUAGUAAAGGACAGCAGUGAGCACUGAUUUUAAGACAGCUUGAUCCCUUGCUGUGCGGGCACAUGGUGUGGUCGGUCCUUGGUCUCUAUACCCAAUUGAUGCUAUUUUGCUGCUAGUUUAUUUCGUGCCUAGAAAGUCAGUAAAAGGUUAACGUGCCAAACUAACUUUGUCAGAAUGCAUGAACAGAUGGCUAACUUCACUCCUCCCCAGAAAGGAUGAACCAGCAGCAGGGAAAGAGGGGGAAGAAGUGGAUGGAGAAUAUAGAGACAUUGAAUUGCAGUUAAAUGAGUCAGGGAGCUUCUGUUAGAAAAUGAAGUUAGGACCAUUUCUGUGAGGAGAAUUAAUAUUUGUUAGGGCCAGAAUGCACUAGUCUGUUUAGCUCAUUCAUUUUCCAUGGUUCUACAAUUUAAAAUAAUUCCUGACACAUCAGCUUAUAAAUAACCAAUUUCAGCUUCGAUCCCACCCUCACCUCCUAUGCAAAGUGAAAAGACCAGUUUCCACCACACACAGUUUCCCAGCAUAUACCCAGCUAGAUGCGGGUUGACAUGCCAGCAUGGGGCAGUCCUCUAACCACUGAAGAUGAGGAUUCUCUGCUCCAAUAGUCCCUGUAAUCUCUGUAGACAUGGCGGUCUUCAGAGCACUAGCACUUACAUUCUGUCUUUUGAGCUGCCACUGUUCUUGUGAUAGGGCUCAGGAGCCAAAGUUGAGUCAGUCAUGCAGGGUCCCUGUGCUGACUGGUUGUCUUCAGAGCUCUGAGACAUGGUUAUUGCCUUUCUCAUAGGUGACUUGCUGAUUUGAAGACAGGGAUCAAUGGCAUUUGUUUCAGAGCAUUAUUUUAGCACCAUUUUGUUUUCUUUUUGGAAAACAGAAAAAUCGUAUUCCCCUGCUUCAUGGCUGAAAAUAAAAGUAAUAAUGGUAAUUUUGAACGUGUCUUCAGGAGCAGUCCCUUCCAUUGUGGAUGGUCACUGUUGGGGAGCACAAGUGAGUCUAUGGAUGGCUCUUUCUCUCCAUCCUCCCAUUUCCACCCUUUGUUAGCUGGCUCUGUUGACCAUGGGACUACCCAUCUGCUAGCUUUCAGUGACAGUCACACUCAGAAAUGUGCUCCCUCAGUCAGAGGAAAACAGCCUAAGCUCUUUAGAGCUUCUAAAAAACAAUAAUUUCUGGUUUCUUCUGUUCAGCCUAGGAGCAUAGUCAUCACUAGUAAGCCUAGUUAUCACUGUGUGAAUUCUCAGCAUAGUGGUGGCAGAGGGGAUUAUUUUCGGAGGCAGAAGAGCAUUUAGCGUUGUUAGAUAACUUGGACAUGUCAGACAGACCAUAGUGGCCUGAGCUUUAAAAUCCAGAAUUCACCCAUCCUUCAUCCUUGAGACCCUAGGGGCUUUUGGGUUUUCCUGAGUCCAGAGGCCAGGGCUGGAUGUGCCUCAGCUGUAAGUUGAAUGGAGCAGUGCUCAGAAGAGUAGAAGCCUUUGGAAACUUAUGGCAGUUGCAGGUUGGGCUCAGGAGCUUUAAUGGAAUCUCUACAGCUGCACCUUAGAACUGCCAUAGCUUGUCGGCACUCUGGUGUGUGUCCCUCUACUUUUGGCUUGCCUUUGGUCCUCUGCUUGCCCACCUUUCCUCUGUGGCAGUAUAGUAUUGCAGGCCACUCCUUGUCCAGCUUAUAAACCAUGACUGGACACAAAUAUUAAACCAAUCCCUUUGUCAGGAUACCAGAUGCAUGUCCAUUCAUACAAGCCCCAUAGUGACAGGGCUGACCAGGCUUCACUCAUUUUAUUACUCUGUAAGUAAACUAUCUAGGUAGAGUCUCUCUCUCUUCCCAGAGCUCUGAAGAGCCCUGCUCCCAUGCGUGCUGGCCACCAGCUCACCUGCUUGUUGUCAGUUGAGCCCUUCAACUCCACAUUAAGCUGGGAUACUUGGAAUUGCUAAAAUGCGAAGGGAUACAGCUUUUCAGCAUUCUACCUAACCUUCCUUCCAGCAGGAAGAUUAACGUGGAUUUAAAUGUUUUUUAAACAAAACCAAAGUUUAAGAUUUGCCAUAUGAUGUAGUGACAGGGAAGGCCAGAGUUGGCAAGCCAGACUUUAUGUGCCAUCGGUCAGUGCUUUGCCAGGUUCAGGUCACUCUGGGAGCACCAUCCUGCCCUCACGAAGGGUCACUGAAAUAACAGAAAAAGGUUGAUUUCUUGGUUCCAUACAUUAGAACAAUAAGAAUUAGAACAUUAAUUUAAUUUGAAAUUGUCUUCAACAACUUGCUGUGUGCAUUUUUUCACAUCAGUACAUUCUUAUGCAUCUGUUUAUAUGGAAUAACACAGACUAAUCUGUACCUUUAUAUAUGUGUGUGUACAUAUAUACAUGUAUAAACUGUAUAGUGUACAUGGUAAUGAUUUAUUGGUAUGCCCCAAAUCUCUAGUGCAGUUCUCAUCCUGCGCAUGCCCUCAGCUGUGGUCAUGUGACUUACAGUCCCCUGGGGGUUCUGCCACUCCCCUGUGUUUGGACCUCCAGGGAGGAGGGUUUGGGCUGCACACUCUUUCUCCUCGUGCACAGAAAUGCUCAGGGUCCCCAUGUGCCUGUCUUCCCUCCCUUAUUUUUUGUUCCCUUUCUGAGCAUGUGGUUCCUCCUCCAGCUUUGGAGGGGCAGCUGCCUUCCUAGGAAAGUGUAAAGCAGUAAUACAGCCACUACUGCAUGCGCACUAAAAACUCAAGAUUUCUGUUUCCUUGGGACAGAAAAAUUGCAUGUGAGGUGGGAUAAUCAACUUUCAAAGACCCAUGCCAACUACACGGCCAAGCCAGAACCUAUAAUGAAAUCCCACAAAAUGGAAAUAAAACUCAAAUUUCUUUAGCAUUGUGUAAAUAAAUCUGGAUGUGUUUAACUUUGUACUGGUAAUUUUCUGUAUAUUUGCAAUAUUUGGGUUAGAAAUAAAAUAGACUGGACUUUGUUACCUGACCUA